AAUGGCAGUUGAAAGAACGUGUCUAUAUCUAGGCUAACUUCAUGCGUGACUAAGCAUGAAGAGCUAGCAAUCAUUAAGAUGGGAAGUGCAACUCUCUUUGUUCUUGACCUAUAUGGAAACUUGGACCAUUUCCUAUUGGAAUCAGUGCAAUAGCUAGGUAUUCUUUUGCAAAAGAGAGGAGGCCAAACACUUAACAAUCAAAAGCUCCAGAGUCUCUCUGUACACAAACUUGGGUUUGUUUACUAGCAAAACUGGAAACUGAGAUAUAAACUUAAUUAUCUCACCUCUUAUUGGGAGAAACUUCAUUUGAGUUUAGUGAAGAAGUUUGCAAUGGAAUUCCUCGAUCUAUUUAUUGUGGCAUUAAUGCCAGUUCUGAAAAUACUUUUGGUUUCCGCUGUUGGUUUAUUUCUUGCAACAGAGCGUAUCAAUCUCUUGGGGGCAGAUGCAAGGCCAUAUUUGAAUAAUUUGGUGUUUUAUCUGUUCAGUCCAUCAAUCAUUUUUAGCAACCUGGCUGAAACAAUUACUUUAGACAGUUUGACAAACUUGUGGUUCAUGCCAGUGAACAUCCUUCUCACAUUCAUUAUUGGGUCUGCCCUUGCAUGGAUACUGGUAAAAAUCACAAGAGCUCCUCAGCAUCUUCGAAGCCUAAUCAUUGGUUCUUGUGCUGCAGGCAAUUUAGGAAACUUUCCUCUGAUUAUAAUCCCAGCAGUUUGUGACGAUGAUAAUAGUCCAUUUGGAGAUUCUUCUGUUUGCUCGACAGAUGGAGAGUCUUAUGUUGCGCUUUCUAUGGCGAUAGGAGCAGUAUAUAUAUGGUCUUAUGUGUAUGCCAUCAUGCGGUUAUCUGCAAACAAGGCAACUAAAGAAAUUGACUCAAAUGAAUCUACAAUACAAGAUAGCGCUUCUGGGGAAAUUCCAUAUUCAGAGAUUUGUCCAGAAGCACUUCUUCUUCCUUCAAGGGGUAGCCCCACCUCUCAGGAAGAUACCGAUCAAGCUGAAGUCCCUUCUACCAAAUCUGAAGGAAAAGCAAAGGUAUCAUUGCUGGAGAAGGCUAACCUGCACCUUAAGAAGAUUUUUGGGUACAUUGACUUCAAAAAAAUAUUUGCACCAUCGACAAUUGCAGCGAUUAUUGGCUUUAUAGUCGGAAUAAUCUCUCCAAUUCGAAAGGUCCUGGUUGGGGAUGAUGCUCCUCUUCGUGCCAUCUACAAUUCUGUGAGUUUGAUAUCGGACGCAACAAUACCAUGUAUGACAUUGAUAAUUGGAGCGAACCUUCUUAAAGGUCUGAAGACAUCUGGAGUAGGUCCAUUAAUCAUCCUAGGAAUUAUUGCAAUUCGGUAUAUUAUAUUGCCUUCAUUGGGUAUUGUUAUUGUCAAGGCUGCAAACCAUUUUGGUUUGGUGGGAUCAGAUUCAUUAUAUCAGUUUACACUUAUGUUGCAAUAUUCACUUCCACCCGCUAUGAAUGUAGGUACUAUUUCUCAGUUGCUUAAGACUGGAGAGAGUGAAUGCUCUGUCAUUAUGUUAUGGACUUAUGCUGUGGCAUCACUCUUUCUAACACUGUGGUCAACUAUCUUCAUGUGGAUUGUUGCUUAAUCUGGAUUUCCUUAAUUCAUUUGAGGACUUAUCAUCAUCAUAACACGGCAAAGAACAACAGCAUCCCUAAUAGCUACCUAGUUCUUUAUAAUGUUGUCAUCAGCUUUCAACAUCUACUGCCACGUGAAACAAACCAGAAACCAAAUAUUCUUCUAGGUAGAUUAUUUGCAUAAAGAUCAAAUUACUAUGAGCAGCUUACCAUUUUUUGUAACAAUUCCCUAGAAUUGAGAGGAACUAUAUAAAACAAACAUCAGAAUUGAAAUAUAUUGAUGAGAUUAAUCUGUAUUAGAUCUACACAAAGGGACAUAAAAGAUGAAAGAUGCCCAAUUCUGUUCCAAUUCUGAAAUUAUGAGUUCUCAUUGGCUUUUUUGCUA